CUGGAAAUUAGCUUCAGAAUUAGUACAAAAAUGUUAUUCAUACCUAUAUGAUUCUAGAUUUUAUUGUUCGGUUUUUCCAAAAUUUUUUUAGAUAUUUUUGGAACAGAAGAAUGGGAGACUCCAUUAGCGAGUCCAAGCCAGCCCAGGCUUCGCCCAAUAUUAUCAUUCCGCCGAUUCCAAAGCUUGGCGAUACGCACACAUAUUGGAUAUGGCGCAUGCUGGUCAAGAACUACCUGAAGGCGUUGGGAUUGUGGAACAGAGAGCGCCCCAAAGAGUGCGCCCAUAGUAAGUUUGUGAUCCUGAGCACUGUGGAAAUAUGGGUUUUAAGACAAGAAUACGACGAUUUCACGUGUGUGGCCAUCUUUGAUGAUCUGCAAGCUCGGUACGGCCAGUCCAAUAAUAAUAACAAAAGACAGGUAUAGCAUCCUGCCACCAAAUAUUUGGAGUAUUCAAAUCCAAUUGUAUUUUCAAUCUUCAAUAUAGCUAUAACUACACUAUAUAUGAAUUGCGUAAAGAAAACUUAAUACAGUAUUCAAAUCUGAA